GCCAAUCCCGCCGAUUGUACCGAAAUGGAUCCAGAUGUCUUCUGCUCUGGUGUUUACCUAAUUACGCCUUCACAGGGAGUCAGCUUCAAAAUGUACUGCGACAUGGAUAUAGCCAACGGCCCGUGGACGGUGAUACAAAACAGACAAAAUGGCAGUGAAGAAUUCUACCGGCCCUGGGAUGACUACCGAAAAGGUUUUGGCAAUCUGCUUGGAAACUUCUGGCUUGGAAACGAAGCUAUCCACUACAUCACCGUUUCACCUUCAGUCCUCCGUAUUGAAUUGGUAUCAUGGUUAGGUGAUGCUAGGCAUGCGGAGUAUUCAACAUUCAGAGUUGAAAACGAGGCAGACAACUACAGACUGACGGUCUCCGGAUUCUCUGGGGAUGUCCGGUAUGAUGCUAUGGAUUUUCAUAAUGGCAUGGCGUUCUCUACUUACGACCGAGACAACGAUUUAAAUAGUGGAAACUGUGCUGCAGAUUAUCAGGGCGGAUGGUGGUAUAGAAGGUGUUACGAUGCCAAUCUUAACGGCAGGGUAUAUAUAAACGGCAGUGACACCUUCCAGUCCCUGGUCUGGGAUUACUUCUACCAGGAUGGUCAAUACCCGCACAUGAUGACGACAAGAAUGCUUGUCAAACGUUCGCUGCCAUAACAGAGAACUAUCCUUAUGUAUCGUGAAUGUAGCACAUCUAUUGUCUGUAUAACAAAUGACAGGUGCCCUGGAUAGGACGUUCGCCACAACGGGAAACGAUGAAUCCGUAUUGUGAAUGUUUCAUCUAUCCUAUUCAUAUCGUAGCUGGACAAAGAGAGCUUUUGCUUGAGAGUAUUUCUGACAUGAAUAUAUAUAAUAGUUAGUCUUUAUAGUGAAAUAGAAAGAGUGCAUAAGACAGUUUCUUCUGGUCUCACCACUUAAUUCACUUGAUACUGGAUUGACUUAUACGAUUCAUGUUUCGAAGAAAAAUAGCUUUUAUUUAAAAAAAAAAAAAUUCUUUUGCACGAUCAUUUUACUUGUAUAUAUAUUUUUCAAAACUACUAACAUAGUCAGCACGCCACACGAAAUGGAUCUUAAAGAGCUGAAAUAAAUAUGGUGACCCCAUUCAUCUUUGACAAUAAAAUGCAUAUAUGCCUAAAAUGUUAUAUUGAAAUAUUGUUUGCAUCUUACAAAGGAUAUGAUAAAAAAAAACAGAACAAAACAAAAAAUCACAGUUAUUUUUACUGGUUAUAAGCUUGGUCGAUUACAGAAGGGAUAUUGAAAAAAACAUGAAAUAAAAAUUAAUGAAUGAAAAUGAUUUUUUUAUUUGACAGUUUUAAUAGCAUGUAUAUAUAUACUGAGAAAAAAGUUCGCCUCAAAAUUAUCUUGAAAUAAAAAGAUCUUCGUAAAAUCUGUAUCACAAACGGUAUGUGAGUGAUGGACAUUAAUUUAAGUUGUGACAGCUUUACGGCCAUAUUGGAUCUUAUUGCUCUUUUUGAUAAAAAAUUCUCAAUCAAUUCAUGUUAUCAUUAUGAAGACUCUUGUAUCACAUUAAAUGUUAUCGACCCCCUUGUUUCAUUCGCGUGCACUAUCAUUUUGAACUUUAUGCUUGAAACCUUUACGCAAAAGCUUGUAUUUAUGGAGUUGUCUAUCCCCAGUUUCCUUUCAUUUAGUUAUAGCCGCUGUUCUUGUUAUUAAACAGAAUGACCAACAUAUCACAAACUAUAAAACUGAAUAAUCAAAACCAAGUUAUUAAACAUAUAUCUGUUACUGUCAAUCCUCUUUGUGAUUAACAGAAAUGUUCAGUAUUGGUUUUUGAACAAAACAUAAUAUGGCAGUGAUGAAAUGAUAGACUUGGUACAUUGUAUAAUCAUUUCGACACCUUGGGAUAAGUCCCGUAUCAUAAAAAACACUGUUUUGAAUGAUAUAUGAUUCAUCUUAAAUGCAUACAAUGUAUUCGUAAUAUCCUGCUAAUGAUAUCAGGCUGCUUUAUUCCAUUGCUCUUUAACUUUGCGCCUAUUUGAAACAGAACUAUUUUUGUUUAGGCACAGUGACGAUGUUUGGUCCAAUGAUCAAAUUAUAUAAUUUUAGCACUUAUCAUAAUAUAACAAAACAAAUGUAUAUAAAUAUAUAUCAAACAAACAGACAAAACAGCGAAGCAGGUACCGUGAAAUUAGCAUAGUAUCUUUUUAUCUAAUAUACCUUUAUUUUGCUAGUUCAAUGUUUGAUGUUUCUGUUGAUAGUAGAUAAUGCGUCAACCAUCAACGAUGUGAGUCCGUUAUAUACUUAUAGUGUAACAUAUUAAAUCAAUUAAAAAUGAAACUCUUUGUAUACUGCCUCGUCUUGGCGCAAAACCUAUCAACCAUGUCACGUGGUGAUGUUAAGAUGUGUUAAAUGUUGAUUUGCCUUGCGAUUCCGUGGUCACCAUCCAUGUUACUUUGAUAGCCUGUCGUGAAGAGGUAUUUUUCCAGCUUUCAAAUCAUUGACGCGAAGGUUUUUCGAUUUUCUACCCAAACUUUCACCAUCUUGUAUAUUCUAUUUAAAAGUGCUCAAAAUAAUUGCUUAGUUUGGUAUACAUAUGUAUUAAUUUUCUCACAUGUAACUAACUAUUUUCAUUUGAUAUCAUGCUUUUCUUGAAGGCAUAUAAUAAGAAUUUUGUCCUUAAAGCUCCCCAUUUAUCGCUUUAUUUCAAACAUGGUAUUUCGUAUGAAAGAAAAUACCAUAUACACUGCCAUCCAAAAGUCACGUUACAAUUAUUACGUAAACUACAGCCAGUUCAUCUCUGAAGUCUUUAUCA